AGGAGGAGGAGGGGGUAAAAAAAGAAACUACUACUGAAGUGAGCGUGAAGAGCAGUUAGUGUGGGCAGCCUCUCGGACACGUCCUUCUCACAGCUGACCGAGUCAAACUCCGAGAUUGUUCUCAGCGCAGGAUUCAGCGACAACUUUCUUUCUUUCUCUCGUUACAUAGUAGCCGGAUGGUUUUUACUAUAAAACUGUCGUGAGAACAUGGAUGAAGAGCUUUAAACCCCCCAUGUGAGGUUGUGUGUGUGUGUGUGUGUGUGAGAGUGUGUGUGUGUGGGAACUCGGUGGAAUGAGGCGAAUCGGUUCACCGCCGCUUCACUCGGAGACGGUUCUGUGGCUCGUCUCUGUGCGCUUUGCGGUUUGAGUGCGCAUUUUCGCCGCGUUUGGGGAUGUUGGCGCGGUCAGUCGGAGUCAUCUGGUUCCUCUGGGCUUCAGUGCUCAGUGCUGGUUUAUGCUCCGAGCUGAAAGUGAGGGUUCGACUCGCUGAUGGCCAGAUCACUGAGGAGCUGCUGGAGGCGGAUAGUGAGAGAGACUCCAUCACAGUGGAGUACAGGCAGGCUGACGGCACACUCAUCACUUUCGUGGCAGAUUUUAAACAGGAUGUGAAGAUCUUCCGGGCAUUGAUUCUGGGAGAGUUGGAAAGGGGGCAGAGCCAGUACCAGGCACUGUGCUUCAUCACACGUCUCAGCCACAAUGAGAUUAUCUCCAGCGAGUCCAUGGCCAGACUCCGGCAGAAAAACCCACACACCGUAAGGACAGCGGAGGAGAGGAAGCCGACAGAGACGCUCAGCAUGAACGUGGCGGUUAACGUGACGCUGGCAUGGCAGCUGAGUACCCUCAUCUACAACACGUGUAGUGUGGCGCACGACGCCGUGUACACGCGUGAAGCCGACAUGCACCACUGGCUGGACACGGGUAUCGAGAGCUCCGUGUUUGAGACUCUACCGCAGGCUGUGGAGGUUCCUGGGCUGCAGAGCUGCCGCUCGGUGAAGGAUCUUUGGCAGUCUUGCUCCUGUAGCUACAGCAUAAGACUCGAGUGGUACCCGUGUCUGCUCAAAUACUGCCGCAACAAGGACUCUUCGGGCCACAGCGCCCCGUACAAGUGCGGCAUCAAGAGCUGCAGCAAAGGCUAUGACUUUACAUACUACACACCUCAUAAACAGCUCUGUCUCUGGGAGGAGGAGACUUAGCGAUGCAUGCUCAGCUUCACACAGCCAAUUUUUUUUUGUUUGUUUGAGCACCGAGCCAUUUGAACACAACUGUCCAUGCUUGAGAGUACCUGUGACAUAUUCUCACGCAGAGUCGAAGGCCCAGGGCUCAAGAUAAGAUGGGGAAUGGCUUUGUCUCUGUGAGUUCUUGCGAAAUCACAUGGAUUUUAUUUCAUCAGACUUUUAAAAACGUUUUUGUUCAGUAUGAUUAGCGGAGGUGGAAGGAGCUUGUACAAAACUUGCCGAUCCACUUCCUGUAGACCAAGCGACUGUGAAUCAAGCGAUAAGUCUAACAAGCUGUAAUCUGUUGAUUACCGAAAACAUGUUCAGUCAGGAUUUUCUGCUCGCUACAUGUUCUAAUUUAUUGUUUGCUAUGGGAAAUGAUUGAAAAAGCACAUGGCUAAUGCACAUGUUCUACAUAUAUGUUCCCCACUUUUUUCUUUUUAAAAAAAAAAUUAGUAUUUUGUUGCCGUGAGGAUUGAGGUUGAGGAUGUUCUAGAGAACUGGGAUGAGAUGCUGAUAUUUCAGUGAUAUUUCAAAAAUCCACCAACUUGGAGCAACUUGACUAUUAACCUUUACAAUUAACCUGCGACCUUCUGAGUUUAGUUCAUUCUUUCCUCAGCAUGAUAGUCAAUUUUCACCAUGUUUACCGGUUUCCUGCAUUAACCACAGUGCAGUCUGACCACAGCGACAGUGGCGCUAAUGAGAUUGUCUGCAUGAGGAGAGCGUUGCAGCAGUGCUUUAGUCCUUUUAGUAUGCAGCGCUGUCUCACACCCUCCUAACAGAUGCUAAUACCAUCGUCAUCUCCUUGAUCGCUAACUAGCCAAGCUGAGUCGUUGCUGUAUCUCGGUGUAAGUGUGUCAUUAUAAAGUAGUGUAAUAUGUCUGCAUUGCAUUCUGGAACUUUUCCUGAAGUCCAGCGUUUGCUGUCUUAACUGAUGCUCAUUAAUAUGACAUCAGCGCAACUGGAAAAUGGUGGGUGAGGACAGAAGCUCUAACAAUGUUAUAUCGAUGUCUCACUAAGAUGUCAGAGCAGGAGACUCCUGCUUAUCACGAAAAUAUCAAAAAUACAACACGAAUGAAUUGGAACUGAAUCACUUAAUCAGUUAUUUCAAUCUUAACAUAUUUCAGGUUUGUUUUUCUUAUUUUUCCACUACAAUCACGGUGUGUUUCAUAUCUAUGGGUUUCUUUGAUAAGGUUCUUGGAACGUCACCAGUAUUUUCUUUCACAACACAUUUAGAUAUCGGAAGCAUUUUUGCCCCCUAGCUAUGCAUUUAGUAGGCAUGUUUUCAAGCAUAUCUAUAACAAAGAACCAAAGUAAUCAUCUUCAGUCCAUGAAAAACAGCUUCACAGUGCCAUUUACAGCCAAAAGCGCCACCUCGUGGUGAUUUUAUUAUUUUUUAUUUUUUUAUAAAACCGCCGAGUUUUCCACAGGAUUCAUCGGUUAGUUGAUCCUUAAAGUUACCGCAAGUGUUCGUGCUUAAAAACGUUUUAAUUAAGCCAGCACGUUUGACCUUUAUCAAGCAGGACCAAAAAUGCUAUUGCGUUGAGAGGACGCUUUGACUAGCAAAGAAUUCCUUCUUUCCAUCCGCAUUUGAACUUUUCUAUAGUGAUUCCAUAGUGUUCAUUGUUUACGGUACAACUGAUUCAGCUAAUAUAAUCUUUCACAAAAGGCAAGGAGAAAUCUUCAUUGCCAAAUUCUACCUGCCCAUGUUGAAUUUUGGGUAUCUAAAGUGCCUUGAUGCAUCAGUGUUUACUGAUUUAUUUUAUAGGUAGAUGUAAUAGAAUUGUGUAAAAAAAAAAAUAUUUUUCUACGAAAAUGUUAAAGGAGUAUGAAGUAAUAAUUUGAAAUAAAAUCUAUGUUCCAGAAA